AUGGAAUUAAAUACAGAUCCAAUUGUUUUAUAAAAUUCAUCUACAGUCUCCAUCAGGUAAUGAUUUUGACAAUAAUAAAGUGAAUAUAAACCUAAAUAUUCUCAAGUUAUUUAUUUUGGAUCACAAAUGGCCAUGUAAAAGGAAAAUGAAAUGAAUGAAGGUAAUCAAAAUGAAAUUGAUAAUAAUAAAUAAAAAUAAGUUCCGUUAGUAGAAAAAGAAAUAGAAUUUAGGAAAAUAUUUUCAAAGUAUAAAUUAAAAGUAUUUUAAGAUUUGCUGUGACAAAUGCAAUAUUUGGAAUUUAUUAGCUCAUUAUUUUAAUUUUUCAAGGAAUAUUAUUGAUAGAAAAUGAUGAAGUUUUAGGUUUUAUUUUAUUACUCAUCAGGUAAAAAUAUUGUUUAUAUAGCUAUUCUUUAUGGGGAAUCACAUUUUAUAUAGCUAUUAAGACAUUUAAAGAUUAAAAAUCUUCAUAACUUAUAAUCUAUCAAUCAAAUUUAUUUAUAGUAGGAAUUAUAGAUUGUUAUGUAUAAUCCUUGAUCUUUUCAGCACUAAAAAAUGCAAAGGUGUUUUAUGAAUUUUUCUUUACAAGUUUAUGGAUAGCAAAGAUAGUUUUUUUGACAACAUUAUUUUUUUAGUGUAAAAAAUCAAAAAAUUUAAUGAUUGUAAUAAAAUACUUAAAACUUGAAUAUCUAUAACAUUCUUCAGAUACCAAUGUUUGA